AUGAAAGAUACGAUUUUUAGGGAGGAUUUGGAGGACGAGGAAAGGCGGCGGGUGGUGGCGAUGGAUGUGGAGGAACCGUCGCCGCCGCCGCUCUUGCCGAUCGAAGGAGCUGCGCUCUCUACCAUUCACGUGACACCAGAAGACGGUUUUAGUUAUGCGAGCUUUGAAGCUGUUGGAUACGAUCUGGAAGCGGUGAAACUAUCAACGAUGAUCGAGAGGGCGUUGGGAUGUUUUGAACCGAGUGAGUUUUCUAUUGCUGUUCAUGCUGAUGUUGCUGGUAAGCUGCUCGACCAGAAUUGCUCUCUCGAUGUUAAAGGGUAUUGCCUCGGGGAGAAAAGCGUUGAAGAGUUUGGGGUUGGCUGUGGUUCUGUUAUCUACCAGAAGUUUUGUGGGGCUGCUUUUACCUGUUGUGGUUCACCGAAGUCUGUUCUUCAAAGCUGCUGGAAACAGGAAGAUAAAGAAGAAAAGCAGUAG